CAACUUCAUAUCUUUGUUCCGUGCCUGCCAUAAUUUGCUACUCUGAACAGGGAGGAGGAGCAAAUGUUAGACGACGAUGCUUCGCCUUCGCCACCCAUUCAUCAAAUGGCCACUGCAACCCUAACUGACAACUCCGAUUCCUCAAUCGUUCCAUGGUGCCAAUUCUCACGCCGUGUACUGAUCCGCAGCAUCGUCUGCCGUCCCGACGGUGGCGCCGCCCUUGCCGGACAGAAUGUCACAGUUGGUGGGUGGGUAAAGACAGGGCGAGAGCAAGGAAAGGGAACCUUCGCGUUCCUUGAACUCAACGAUGGCUCUUGCUCUGCAAACCUCCAAGUCAUCGUUGACGGGAAAGUCGCCCCUCUUGGACAACUUGUUCCCACUGGUACUUGCGUACAUGUUGAAGGAGAGCUCAAGAAACCCCCGGAAGGUACUAAGCAGAGUGUCGAGCUUAGAGUUGAGAAGGUCUUGGAUGUUGGCCCUGUUGAUCCUGCCAAGUAUCCCCUACCAAAGACUAAGCUUACCCUUGAGUUCCUCAGAGACUUUGUACACCUUCGUCCCAGAACCAAUACAAUAUCUGCAGUUGCUCGGAUCCGAAAUGCAUUGGCUUACGCAACUCACACAUUUUUCCAGAAGCAUGGCUUCAUUUAUGUGCACACUCCUAUUAUUACAACUAGUGAUUGCGAAGGUGCAGGUGAAAUGUUUCAGGUUACAACAUUGCUAACUGAUGCAGAAAAACUGGAAAAGGAAUUGAAGCAAAACCCUCCACCAUCAGAAGCUGAAAGAGAGGCUGCCAAGCUUCUUGUCAAGGAGAAAGGAGACGAUGUCUCGCAAUUAAAAUCUGAAGCAAACAAGGAAGAGAUCACUGCUUCUGUGGCUGAACUUUCAAGAGCAAAGGAAAAUCUUGAAAGGCUGGAAGAGAGAUCUAAGCUUAAACCUGGUCUUCCCGAAAAGGAUGGCAAAAUUGAUUAUUCGCAUGAUUUUUUUGCUCGUCAAGCUUUUUUGACAGUUUCAGGCCAACUCCAGGUUGAGGGUUUUGCAUGUGCCCUUAGUAGUGUUUAUACGUUUGGACCAACUUUUCGAGCUGAACACUCUCAUACAUCAAGGCAUCUGGCAGAAUUUUGGAUGGUGGAGCCUGAAAUUGCAUUUGCUGAUUUGGAGGAUGAUAUGAACUGUGCCGAGGCAUAUGUGAAAUUUCUAUGUCAAUGGUUACUUGAAAAUUGCCUGGAUGAUAUGAAAUUUAUGGUUGAGAAUUUUGAUAAAGCUGCCAUUGAUCGCCUCAAAAUGGUUACUUUGACCCCCUUUGAGCGUAUUUCUUACACACAUGCUGUGAAACUCCUAGAGAGUGUUACAGAUAAGAAGUUUGAGAAUAAAGUAGAAUGGGGAAUAGAUUUAUCAUCUGAACAUGAAAGAUAUUUGACAGAAAUAAUUUUUAAAAAGCCUGUUAUUGUGUAUAACUAUCCAAAAGGGAUCAAAGCAUUUUACAUGAGGCUCAAUGAUGAUAUGAAGACAGUGGCUGCCAUGGAUGUACUUGUGCCUAAGGUAGGAGAGUUGGUUGGUGGAAGCCAAAGGGAAGAGCGUUAUGAAGCCAUCCAGAAAAGGAUACUGGAGAUGGGGUUGCCACUUGAGCCAUAUGAGUGGUACCUUGAUCUGAGGCGUUAUGGGACCAUCAAACACUGUGGAUUUGGUUUGGGCUUUGAGAGAAUGGUGCUUUUUGCUACUGGCAUUGACAAUAUUAGGGAUGUGAUUCCCUUCCCAAGGUAUCCAGGCAGGGCAGAUCUUUAAGGUGUUGGUUCUACCGUCCAAAACAUCGAGAAAGAAAGAUAUUUUAUGUAGUUAUACAU